CCAUCGUGCGCGGAUGUUUAGGCUCGUAGUCGAUGCCAUUACCGCACGUUUGCAUGUAACAUCGGAGCUUUUAUUUAUAAACAAAUGUUUAUUUACUUUAAUCACGUCGGUUAAUUUUAGAAUUGCGAUCGGAGCGUUGCUAAAAGCUAUUGCAGUGAAAAGUGGCUUGUUUUGUUCAAUGUUUAUGUUCGAAGGUGAAAGCCCAUGUGCGGCUUUAGGAAGAAACAGGAUCUUAUUAAAAUAUAAAUUGCAGAUCUAGAAUGGCGAGGAGAAAUGUGAGUGUGAUGCGGUUAGGGAGGUGCGUUGCUUUCCUCGCCGCAGCAACCUUCUUGCUUCCCUUCACGAUCCUGCUGAUGGUUGCUGAUCAGCAGUACAAUCUGACUUACAACUCCAAAAGGGUCUUCUAUCAAGAGUAUCUCUUCGAGAAUGGUACUCACGAAGAAGGUCUGCUACCCCGGGACAAGUUCUUGGAAGUUGGCGCUAGAAUGGACGCCAGGAGGGAUUACCUAAGGAGUGAAUGUUCGAGGCUUGGCUUAGAUGGCACAGGACAUAAGGCAUAUGCUUGGGAGUACUUGAUCAACCGGCAAUACCAUGUUAUAUGGUGCAACAUAUUUAAAGCGGCAUCAACAUCUUGGAUGUACAACUUCAACUUAAUGGCAAACUACACCGCCGCGUUCUUAGACAGAACGAAGGAAGUGCCUCUAGAACUAGCCAGGAAGAAAUACGCGCGACCCACAGUAGAAAUGAUUAGAAAGGCGCAAGGUGACUCGAUCACGUUUCUUAUUGUGAGACACCCGUUGGAAAGGCUAGCGUCGGCAUACAACGACAAAAUCGUCCAUGCAUGGCCCAAGUCCUUUCAUGACCAGAUGGGGCGUAGGAUAAUAAAGAAGUACAGAAAAGCAGGAACUAAACCGGUGCCAACGGAGAGGUACCCCGUAUUCGAAGAGUUCGUCUCCUACGUGCUGGACGAAGCCAGGGUCAAGCGAUCGCUGGAUAUGCACUGGACUCCUUAUUCGGACUUCUGCACACCUUGCAAGUUCAACUUUGACGUCAUUCUCAAGUUUGAAACACUGGACGAAGACCAAAGGUUCCUGAUACAAAUGGCGCGGCUCCACGAGGUCAUAAAGCCGGAGUGGAGGAACAGCGGUAAAGGGACGAACACUUUGCACAACAUCAACCAUUUGUACUCGCGUCUAAGGAAAUCGCAACUCGACGGCCUGUACAACUUAUACAAGUACGAUUUGCAGCUAUUCAACUACACCAUAGACAACUAUUACGAAAUAAUACAAAAGGACGACAGCAACCACGGAUGAACGACGAGACCUCCGCAUUAUGAAUGCUUUAUUUUAUACGCCACAAAAGCGCGACAAGCUUGAUUGAUGACGAACAAAAUAUCGGAAAGACUGAUUGCAAGGGAAUAUUAUAAUGGCCACUUUAUCGAUCCGUUGCUAUUGUGUAACUUUAUCAUGGUAACUUGACAAAAAAAUACCCUAAGGGCUGGUUGUUACAGAUUGAAUUUUAUCGAAAGUUACGUUAGUCGAAAUUUUAUCGAUAUACGAAUAUUAAUAUGUUUAGUUGCUUUCAUAGCGUCGCUACAUACGUUAGGUGUGUUUUAUACGUAAUAAACACGCUUCUUGUAGCAUUUUUUUUUAGCUUCAUCAACUUAAAUGCUAUUGUGUAAGGUUGUCCAUGGAUAGUUAAUAUAACAUAUACUUUAUAAUUAAUCAUUGAUCGUUAUACCUAAAUGCGUAUAGAUAUUAACCAUUCACUGAAGAUGCCCGCUACCCGUUAAAUUGUAAAGCUAGUUCAUAAGUAUGAACACCAAAUUUUCUAAUUAGCAUAUUAAUCGUUCGGAUUAGCUGUCAAUCGGUUUUAUUUCACAAUUGUAUCUGUGCCGUAGUUGAUAAUGAAAAUCAUAAAUAUUAAGUUUAAAAAUCCGAUUCAGCAUUGACAUACUCAGACAUGAUGAAGAAGUGGCCCUUUCUGAAGUGUGCGCUCUACGUUGCAGUGCAAAAAUCAGGUCAUAAAAAGUUCGAGGUCAAAGACGUAUUAUUAAAGAACUGAUUUGUCAUUUCUGAAACAAGGUCAUGCUCUAGGCCAGAAACGUAUUGUUACUAUCGUCCCUAAACAUGUUUGAAUUAAAAUUAUAUAUACCUACUAAGACCAGUGGCGUGCAUAGAAGG